UCCUUCCAAAACAAAAUAAAAAAGACGAUAACAACAAAGAAAACAAAUGUCGUUUCUCUCCUUCCCUAUCUCCACUGAGCUGCUUCCAUGGCUUCUUCUACUGUUACUUCCUCCACUUCUUAUCAUCUUCCUUCUUCGUCGCUCCCCUAAAAAUCUUCCACCAUGUCCACCAAGAUUACCUAUCUUAGGAAACAUCCACCAGCUCGGAUCACUCCCUCACCGCACCCUAAGAGAUCUCUCUCUCAAAUACGGCCCCGUAAUCACCGUCUACCUCGGAAGCGUCCGUACGGUGGUUGUACACUCCCCGGAGACGGCGGAGGAAGUUUUAAAACUCCAUGACUCGGAGUGUUGCACUCGUCCCAAGCUAUCAAUCACCAAGAGCUUUUUCUACGAUGGGCUUGGUCUAGGGUUCACUCAGUGGGGUGAUUACUAUAGAGAAGUUCGUAAACUCUGUGUUCUUGAACUUUUCUCAGUCAAACGAGCCAACUCGUUCCGGAACCUUAGAGACGAAGAGCUGAGUCGACUCAUCAACUCGUUGUCUGACUCGGCGGCGUCUGGGACUUCCGUUGAUCUUAGCGGGAAGCUGAUCAAGUUCGUCGCGAGCUUUACGUGUCGGAUGGCUUUUGGAUUAAGUUUUCGCGGGAGUGAUAUGGACAACGAGAGGUUUAUGGAGGUGUUCACGGAGGCGAACAGAGUGAUCGGAAAAUUCGCGGCGGCGGAUAUUUUCCCCGGGUUUGGUUGGAUCUUGGAUCGGAUCAAUGGGCUUGAAUCUAGUCGGAGGAAGAGUUUUAAAGAUCUUGAUACGUUUUAUCAGAAAGCUAUUGUUGAUCAUCGGGAAAAGAAGAAGACUGAAGAACGUGAGGAUUUGAUUGACGUCUUGCUCAAGUUACAGAGUCAAGAAACCAAACUUGGUUCUAAUAGGAUCACUGAUACACAUAUCAGAGCUAUUCUUAUGGAUUUGUUCGUAGCAGGAGUAGACACAUCUGCAAUCACUAUGGAUUGGACAAUGGCAGAGCUUGCAAGACACCCUAGAGUGAUGAAGAAAGUACAAGCUGAGAUUCGUGAACAUGUAGGAGACAAAGGUAUAGUGACGUACGAUGAUCUCGAGAGUCUACCAUACAUGAAAAUGGUGCUCAAGGAGACCUGGAGGUUACACGCACCAAGUCCAAUCCUGAUUCCUAGAGAAGCAAUGACCAAAUUCAAGAUCAAAGGUUAUGACAUUUACCCUGGAACGCGUAUUCAUGUCAAUGCAUGGGCGAUUGGACGUAACCCUGAUGUAUGGAAGGAUCCUGAAGAGUUUAUCCCAGAGAGAUUCAUCGAUAGCAAUGUGGAUAGUAAAGGGACGAGUUAUGAGCUGUUGCCGUUUGGAAGCGGACGCAGAGGUUGUCCCGCGAUGUUCGUGGGAUUAAGUACGGUGGAGUACUCAUUGGCAAAUCUUUUGUACCAUUUUGAUUGGAAAGUGACAGAGGAAGUGAGUAUUGAAGAAGCACCUGGUCUGACUAGCCAUAGGAAGCACCCUCUUCACCUUGUUCCUAUUAGUGUCAUCAACCGCAAGCUUUAGAGUGUCUAGAACGCAAAACACAAUUAAUAAGGAUAAAUAAUGUUUCCCUUUUUGAAUCGUUGAUGCCUAUGGCUCUUCAGACACACAUAAUUUUAUUUGUUCAGCUUUUAAAUAAUAAUUCUCCAUUACAAAGA